AACUCGUCCGGCAGAGGAGCAGGAGUCCUCAGGAAGCAUCUGGAGCGCAGCGACGUGCAGAUUUUGAGCGUGAAGGAGCUGAACGCGCUCCGUGGAUCUCUCAGCCAGGCCGUUCAAGACCUCAGCUCGGAGCUGGUGAGCUGCCUCCACAUCCGCGACCAGCUGAGGACGGAGCAGGACGCCAUGCUGCUGGAGGUGCAGGACCUGACGUCCCUGUGAGGCGCCGGACACCCGUCAAGUCAGUCACGAGUCCGAACGUUUCCUCCUUUUGCCUUCGCCUUCCACUGUUGAAAAGGAACGGACGCUUUUUGGAGUUUGGAUUUGUCCCAGACUGCGAUUCUGCCCCUCCGUUCACGGGAGGUUUCCUCAGAAAGAGUUUUGAUCUCCCCUGCAUCAUCUCCGACCUCUGACCUCCCAGACGUUUCAUUUCCUGCCACGGACGUCGGUCUGGAUUUGCUGACGUUUAAGGAGCUGGUACACGCCGUCUAACUGCACUUUCAGGAUGAUUUUUAGGAUUCUUUUCAUUCAUUUUAGCAAAUCCUGAAAUGAUUUGAACUUUAAUCCAUGUGAAGCAAACACGAUCUCGACAUUUCAAACUGCUCUUUACUCACAAAGGGAAACUCCAGUGGCGGUGUUGAAGGUGGAUCCGUUCAAGUUUAGCUCAAACUAAAUGCAGUCAAUCCUGAUUAACAUUUUUGUUUUUAUCGUCGUUUUUUUACUAGUGUGACUAAAUGUGAUGUAAAGGAAAGUAAACAUUGUGGUGGUAGGGACUGUUAAUGCUAAUAAAGUUUUAAUGUUUUCUAAAAAA